AUGUCUGCAAGGGUCCAGGCACUCGACUGUCUCUCCAGUGACAUCUAUGUUAAUCUCUACGAAUUUCUCCCUCCACAAGCCCUUUUUUCUUUAAUUCAGACCUCUGCCGCUUUACGUGCAGCGUUCCAAGGUCUGGCUUGGGAACACUGUGAGCUUGCAUCCCCGCACGCUCGUCCAGAAAAACACGAAAGCUUUGGCCGUGACGGGUCUCGCCUCCAAGUCUCCUUCGCGGUACUUUUCCAUCCACAUUCUUACUCAUGGUUCCCCAAUACUUGUGUUCGUUCUAUCCAUAUUGACCUUCGUGGCCUCCGUAACAUGCUUAAGGCAAACCAGCGCCUGCCUCUUGCCGCGUACCCGCGCCUCACCUCCAUCAGCUAUCACGAAAAGUACGACCAGGUUCCGGUGUUACGGGAACAUGACUCUGCAGAGCUUGCAAACAUCAGAUACCCAACUCAUUUCAAUAUUAAUGAAUAUAACCUCAUCACAGGUUCUCUUUUUGACGCGUCGUUUGCCCAGUUUCUUUCUGUCGACUUGGACCUCUACAACUUUUGGCACCUAAAGCCUCACGCGUUUACCCGCCUGACUUCUAUUGAAUUUAGUCUUCACCCAGCAUUCCCCCAAUUAAUCCAGGCUUUGCCCACCUUCCCCAAUCUCGAACGUUUAUCCAUUGUCUGUUAUGUGGUUUGGACUGACAGAUCAUUCGGCGAUCUUUUCCCCAAGAUUUUGCCUGAAAUUCAAAAUAUUAAGUUAACUUCAACAUUUAGGGCUUGCGAACUAAAAUUCUCGCGUGUUUUACCUGUUAAGGAUUUUAAUUUAUUUGAAUUUGCACCACUUGAUCAAAUCCGUUCUCUUUCGAAAAUCACUGUACCUUCAGUAACAUCCAUCUCAUGCAGUGGAACAAUGCCACUUGUCAGUAUUGGCGAAUGCUUUACAUUCCCAGGUCUUCAAAAGUAUCGCGAAAUGCCUCAACUUAACAUUUUUACCCAACUCCCGCCUUUCCCACCCGUGUUUUUAAGCACCAAUUGUUUGGAAACUGUAACGUCGCUUGUUCUUGGAGUUGAAUUUAAAAACGAAGAUAUGGCUAUGCAGUACUUGGAAGGUUUGGAAAAGUUUAAAAACCUAAAAAAACUUGGGCUUGAAGUCUUUUCUCCUUGGGAUCAUACAUGCUGUUUCUUGUACUCUGCUGUCGACGCGGUUUGUAACUUUCAAGAAUCUAUGGGAAAUUUACAGGAAUACACAGAACAACGGAUUGAAGAAAUGGUUGAAGAAAUCCAAGGGUUCCGUUAUAUUGACUAUUGGAAAAAAAUUGCAAAAUAUACAAACCAAAAGUUGUUUGAUUUCAUUGCCUUUAUAAAAGACCAAAAAACAGAAGUCGCCUGGGCUGCCAUGGACGUGCUUAACCGGCCGAAUCAGAAAACCUUUUUGGAAGUUUAUAUACCAGGCACCCAAGAUUCCAGAGAGGAACAUACUUCUAUUGACGAUUUUGGCCAGCAAAUCUUUCAUUUCCGUAUCAUGGAACUUCUUUUUGAGCAACUUAUGAACAUCAAAACUUUGGAGUACCUACAAUUUACAAUUGAUAAAAAAUCUCUUUAUUUUUAUUGUACCCCUCGUUUUCUUAGUCUUUUCAAUUCCCAUCCAAGUUUAAAACAAGUUUUGAUUUCACGCGAUCAAUACGUUUACGACACUUUCUUAUUUUGUUCUCUUCUUUCCUUUGAAGAAACAAAAAAACAACCCUACACUCAUAAUAGUUUUUCUGAUAUGACGUACCAGACCAUGAUGCAUCAAUUCCCCAAUCUUCCUUACUCUUUUUACUUUUUGCCAGCACAUCAACGUACUGUUGAUUUCCAGAUUGUAGUUGAUAUUGAGCACAAGCGGCAGUUUAAGAGAGAGGAUGGGUUCCCGAAAACAUUGGACGAGUUUUGUUUACCGUUUUCAGAUCAUCAGUUUGAAGGUGGAGAUUUUAAUGGGUGGAUUUAG